AUGCCCAUGUCGACCAAACGCAAAGCUCCGGCAAAGCUGGCUGCCCCAGUUGCAAAAAAGAGCGCCAAUAUCUCCUCAAAGAACACAAUUGACGAGUCACACACGUCAGUUGCCGACACAGACGCGCUGCAGAGCUCACAUCCUGAGACGAUAGAGAUCUCUUCAAAUGAGCCAAGCGUGUACACGUCAGAGGAUGAAGGUGCCCCGAAGGAAGUGAACGGCACCAAGAAGAUCGCCGGGGUUCCCAGCGACAAGCUUACCAAGGAAAGUUCCACAGCCGCCGCCAACGACAGCAAUGACGCUGGGUCAGACGCCGAAGAAGAGUCGCCCACAUUUGGCGAACUUCUGCGCGGCAACGAGGUCAUUGAUGUCUCUAGCCUGCUCCAACAAGCCGUCACAAGCACAGCCGUGCAGCCGUCACGCACCGCUAUUGCGCCGCCCUCCCUCCAGUCUCUCACCACCGUUCUGACGCAAGCGCUCAAGACCGACGACACGGACCUGCUCGAAUCGUGCCUGCACACGACCGACUUGACGACCAUCCGGAAUACGAUAGAGCGCAUCGACAGCAGCCUCGCCGGCAUCCUGCUCAACAAGCUAGCCGCCCGUCUGCACCGGAGACCCGGCCGCGCUGGCAACCUCAUGAUCUGGGUUAAGUGGACGCUCAUCGCACACGGCGGCGCGCUAUCGUCGCAGCCCAAGGUCAUCCAGAGCCUCAGCGGCCUGCAAAAGGUGCUGUCCGAGCGCUCCAAGGGUCUCAACAGCCUGCUCGCGCUCAAGGGCAAGCUCGACCUGCUCGAGGGCCAGAUGGAGCUCCGUCGCAAGAUGAAGCGCGGCGGCGCUGCCGCGGCGAAGCAGGGCGGCGGCGAUGGCGAGGAUGACGGGUCCGACGAGGACGUCAUCUGGGUCGAGGGCGAGACGGGGAGCAGGCUGGCCAACGGCGCCGCCGACGAGGACGCGCACAUGACCAACGGCGCCAUUCCCGACUCGGACGACGACGACGACGAUGAAUCCGAGGCCGAGGAGGAGGACGACGACGUUGCGGCUGAGGAGUCGCUGGACGAGGAUGAGGUGGACCAUGACGACGUGGACGAGUCCAUGGGCGAGGAUGAAGAGAGCGAUGCCGAGCCCGCGCCGCCCUCAAAGCUACAAAAAGUCGCCAACUUCUUCACGAAGCGCAAGUAG